AAAUAACUUCGAACUCUUCUCCGAGUAAAAGAUAUCCUGUAUUUAUUCUGAAAAGAAUGGCUCAAAUUUUAGUUUUUUUAUUUAUUAUUUCCAGAAUAACGGCACGUGACAUCCAGAUUUGGCUGCUUAAAUAUAAGAUGGCAUUGUCCUCUUGCUUCCAUUAUCGGACAUACACGAUUUCACAACCCACGCACUCUCCAAUUCCCAAUCUCCAUCCUCGGCUCUGUCAACUUUACGAUAUACCUGGGCCAAUGUGAGAAAAAGAUCGGCUAAAAUUAGGAUCUUACGCCAUAAUGAAUACAACAGUUAAAAUCCCAUUCUCCCAGUCGGACUCCCUGCGAAAACCGCGAAAGGUGGGGAACGUGGAUUCCAGGAAACAUGCUGCGAUACCUUGACGUUUACUUGCUCACAAUCAGUCGCAGAUCGACGCGUCUCAGGUGUACAACGAAGUGUUUGGUACCAGGUGUCAAAGGCAGGUCUCACCCAAUCAGCGGCGAUCGAGACAGCGAAAUCAUUCUCUCGCUGAUAAGACAAUCGGCUGUUUUCGGCCCUUGCCGACACAUCUCGUCUUAUUUGCAGAUUUUUUAUUGAUAUCCGAGAUUGUAAAGAAGGGAACACCCUCUGAGCAAUAUGGUUGGAAUGACACAGAGACCUUGGACACCCACGAAAAGGCGAGGUCCAAUUGCCGCCGAAUAUAGCAGCCCAGGGCCAGCCUGUGUAACUUUACCGCCACUAAUCGGAAAAACAGUUCCAGAUUCUAAACGAGAAAGGGCACCAGCAUUUUCCUUUGGUAGCAGACACUCUUUGAAGAACAACAGUCCUGGACCUGGCCCUGGACAAUAUAAUGUUUCUGGACUUAGUGCAAAAGGAAAGGAUGCCGCACCCUCCUUGUCGCUGCACGGUCGAAAUAAAUCAGCGAAACCGGAAAUUACACCGGCACCGGGCGAUUACAAUCCGCAAAAGGCUCAAAAGAUAAUUCUGGACAGUUCGCCGAAAUAUUCCUUUGGCGUUAAGACGCAAAUUGAGAAAAUCAGUUGUACACCAGCACCGAGUGACUAUCGCGCUGAAAUCGUGAAUCUCUACCGCAAAGCAACAGCAGCGUUCACUUUUGGCAUAAAAGCUACGUCGCAAAGAUCAAGUGAUAUUCCCGCUCCAGGUACUUAUCACCCCGAGAAAACGAGGCUGGACAGUACACCGCAGUUCACAUUCGGACUUAGAACACCGCUCGAUAAACCGAGCGACACGCCAGCACCUGGAACGUACAGUCCAGAGAAGGUGAAUCUAGAAAAGGGUCCGCAGUACAGUUUGACCGGUAAAGGCCGAGCCGAAAAAUGUAACGGAACACCAGCGCCAGGCGCGUAUUGUCCCGAAAAGGUGAAGCUGGACCCAUCACCACAAUUCAGCUUUGGAUUAAGGCCUGCUAUAGAAAAGCCGAACGAUACACCGGCGCCUGGUACUUAUAGUCCCGAAAAGGUAAAUCUGAAUAAAGGACCUCAGUACAGCUUGAGCGGAAAAGGACCUGCCGAAAAACCAACCGACACGCCAGCACCUGGAACAUACAGUCCCGAAAAAGUUAAAUUGGACACUACCCCGCAAUAUAGUUUCGGAAUCAGGCCUCCUCUGGAGAAACCCAACAAUACUCCGGCACCGGGUACUUACAGUCCAGAAAAAGUAAAUUUGGAUAAAGGACCGCAGUACAGUUUGACUGGCAAGGGACCCGUCGAGAAGCCCGCGGAUACACCAGCGCCCGGUGCAUACUCUCCCGAGAAAGUCAGAUUGGAUAAUACGCCGCGAUACAGUUUCGGGAUUAGGCAUGCUCCAGACAAAGCCAGCGAUACGCCAGCGCCUGGUACUUACAGUCCAGAAAAUAAUUUGGAUAAAGGCCCGCAGUACAGUUUGACUGGCAAGGGGCCCGCCGAGAAACUCGCAAAUAUACCAGCGCCUGGCACAUACUCGCCCGAGAAAGUAAGAUUGGAUAAUACCCCGCAGUACAGUUUCGGUCUUAGACCCUCCCUGGACAAGCCUAGCGAUACACCAGCACCUGGAACUUAUAGUCCAGAGAAAGUAAAUUUGGAUAAAGGGCCGCAGUACAGUUUAACUGGCAAGCCAUCCGUCGAGAAACCUGCCGAUACACCAGCGCCUGGCGCGUACUCGCCUGAGAAGGUGAAGUUGGACACCACGCCGAAGUACAGUUUCGGACUUAGAACGUCUCUCGAUAAACCCAGCGAUACGCCAGCACCUGGUGCUUAUAGUCCGGAGAAAAUAAAUUUAGACAAAGGACCGCAGUACAGUUUGACUGGCAAAGGACUCACACCGAAACCUGAUAAUAUUCCCGCGCCUGGCACGUACAGUCCCGAGAAAGUAAAUCUGGACAAGGGACCGCAGUACAGUUUGACCGGGAAAGGAUCACCAGGAAAAUUGAACGACAAUCCAGGCCCCGCUGAUUACAAACCAGAGAAAGCUCUAAAUCUGGAACAUAAACCCUAUUACAGUUUUGGUGAUAGGAAAUCUUUGGAUAAACCUAGAGAUACACCAGGCCCUGCCGAUUACACUCCGGAGAAAGCUCUAAAUCUGGAACAUAAACACUAUUUCAGUUUCGGUAAUAGAAAACCCCUCCAUAAGCCUCGUGAUACACCAGGCCCUGGUAGUUACAAUCCGGAGAAAGCGCAACAUUUGGAACACAAACCCUAUUUCAGUUUCAGUAAUAGAAAACCCUUGCAUAGGUCUAAUGAUACACCAGCUCCUGGUACGUACAGUCCUGAGAAAGUAAACUUAUCUAAGUCGCUGCAAUACAGUUUCGGAAUUAAAACUGAGAUCCACGAGAAGGAUGCUAUACCAGGUCCUGGCGAGUACAGUCCGGAAAAAGCAAUGCUUUUGUUGGAGAAAGCAUUGCAAUUUACUUUCGGCCUCAGACCGCCCACGAGCAGGCCAGACGACGUUCCAGCGCCUAAUAUAUAUAACAUCCCUUCCGCCCUCGGCGGAACCAAGGAGGGUAACAAGAAAGCGGCGCCUGCCUACUCGAUGUCCGGUAGGCAAAAAGUCUUUACGGACGAUCGCGUUCUCGUACCCGGGCCGGGUGCAUACGAGACUAUCAAACCGGAUGCGGUCAGAGUGAAAAGUCCGGCGUACAGCAUUAGCGCCCGUUUCCCGUUGCCCAACGAUCAUUCGCAGAUUCCGGGACCCGGAGCGCAUUGUCCGGAAAAGGUGCUUCUCGACAUUCCCCCUGCGCACACAUUUGGCAUCAGGCACUCUCAAUAUAUUUGUAACUUGAAGGAUGCAGUUUAUUAAUUUCAUCAAUUAAGUGACAACUACACACGCACAAUGAUUUAUCAGCUAAGACAUGCUCUCUUGUUUUCUUUAAAAUUGUCUUACAUUAUUGAUUAAUUUUAGAAACAGUCUUG